AUGAUGUCCAUGAACAGCAAACAGCCUCAUUUCGCCAUGCACCCGAGUUUACCCGAGCACAAAUACACCACUUUACACUCGAGCUCGGAGGCGAUCCGGAGAGCCUGUCUGCAAACUCCACAGCUCCAGAGCAACAUCUUCGCGAGCCUGGAUGAGACCCUGCUGGCGCGCGCCGAGGCCCUGGCGGCGGUGGACAUGGCGGUGUCGCAGGGUAAAGCGCAUCCGUUCAAACCCGACGCCACGUACCACACGAUGAACAGCGUGCCGUGCUCGUCCACGUCCACGGUGCCCAUCGCGCCGCCGCACCACCCGCACCCGCACCACCACCAUCACCACCACCACCACCACCACCAGAACCUGGAGCCACCGGAUCUCAUGGAGCACAUCAGCUCACCUUCACUCACCCUGAUGAGCAGCGCGCACGAGGCCGGCGGAGGAGCUGGAGGAGGCGGCGGUGGAGGAGGAGGAGGUGGUGGUGGUGGUGGAGGAGGUGGUGGUGGUGCUGGUGGAGGAGGAGGCGGUGGUGCUGGUGGAGGCGGAUUGAUCUCCACCUCGGCGCAUCCGCACUCACACAUGCACGGCUUGAGCCACCUCUCCCACCAAGCCGCCAUGAACAUCAACUCCCCGCUCGGACACCACCAUCACCAUCACCACCCGCACCACCCUCACCCCGGGCUGUUACCCAGCCACCCCGGCAGCGCUCAGGGCGCUUCCGGCCUCGUUCCCAACGGACUUCCGUCCCUGCCCGACUCGGAUACGGACCCGCGCGAGCUCGAGGCGUUCGCCGAGCGCUUUAAACAGCGGCGGAUCAAACUCGGGGUCACCCAGGCGGAUGUGGGCAGCGCCCUAGCCAACCUCAAAAUCCCCGGCGUGGGCUCGCUCAGUCAGAGCACCAUAUGUAGGUUCGAAUCCCUAACACUGUCACACAACAACAUGAUCGCGCUCAAGCCCAUUCUCCAGGCGUGGCUGGAGGAGGCCGAGGGCGCGCAGCGCGAGAAAACGAACAAACCCGAGCUGUUUAACGGCGCCGAGAAGAAGCGCAAGCGCACGUCCAUCGCCGCGCCCGAGAAGCGCUCUCUCGAGGCCUACUUCGCCGUUCAGCCGCGACCCUCCAGCGAGAAAAUCGCCGCCAUCGCCGAGAAACUGGACCUCAAAAAGAACGUGGUGCGCGUCUGGUUUUGCAACCAAAGACAAAAACAGAAACGGCUGAAAUUUUCAGCGACGCACUGAUCAUGAAGAUGGUGAUGAGGAU